AUGGCUGCUCACAGACGACAAUUUCGUCAACGACUAAUGAGCCAUCAACACAGGCGUCCGCGACUAUUCAAAGACAGAUCAAAUCCUUUGGAAGACUUAGAAGAUGAUGAAGUUUAUGAUCGCUUUCGGUUUCGUCCACAGACUAUUAUUUUCAUCCUCGGUCUUUUCCCUGUCUUGUCCCGGCCAACUAACAGGAACCAUCCUUUGCCACCUCUGAUUCAACUUCUCCUGUCUUUGCGAUAUUUCGCCACUGGUGCGGUGCAUAUACUCAUCGGAGACUCUUUGGACAUUUCCCAAAGUUCAUCAGGAAGGUGUAUUCGUGCAGUUGCAGGACAAUUGGCGAACCUUGCUCGCAGAUUUGUUGUGUUUCCAACCAACAAUGAUGCAGCUUCUACAAAGCGUGACUUCUCUGCCUGGUAA